UGCGUCACUGAAAAUUCUCUUCAGGAACCUGACAUUUUGGCCGCGCUACUCUGCCCAGGUGAAGUUUUAAAACCUCCGAAUGGGUAACGAGAGCUCUACCGUGAGUUUAACCUCUCUGUUGUGCAUAUUUGGGGCCGUGAGGGGCGCCGGUUACGGCUACAAGGCGACUUUGCAGAGCGUGCACCAAUGCUCGCCUUACGAAACUUCUGUCAGCUACGAUUAUGAAAGAAGAUUGGCUCCAUCCAACAUGCCGCGUAUAGAACCGGACGUGGUGACGGAGACGGCGACGUUCGCCAUGAGCUGAUUCUGGUUCCCCGAGGCGCAGUUCGGCUGUGCUGAGGGGGUGAUCCGCACCAAGGUUGGCUACACCGGAGGCACCAAGGUCAUGCCAACCUACCACGCACUCGGAGACCACACCGAGUCAGUCCAGAUCCAGUACGACCCCAAACAGACCUCCUACGCAAACCUUCUCAAGAUCUUCUGGCAGAACCACGACCCCUCCGCCUGCGUCUCUCGCCAGUACAUGUCCGCCAUUUUCUACCACGACGACAACCAGAAGGCCCUGGCAGAGGAAACGAUGAAGAAGGAGUCGGAGAACAGGAAGCGUCCCAUCCAGACGAAGAUCGUUGGAGCCGAGCGUUUUUACGACGCUGAAGACUACCAUCAGAAGUACCUGCUCCGUCAACAGCGAGGGCUCUUCAACAGCCUGGAGCUGUCCCAGAAGGAAGUCAUCAAUUCUCACAUCGCCGCGCGGCUCAACGGUUACGUCGGCGGAUACGGCAGCCCGAAAAACUUCGAAAAGGAGCUGCCCAACCUCGGUCUGAGUGUAGAGCAGGCUAACUAUAUGAACCAGUUGAUUGGCCGUGGGCCGAUGAGUUAGAUGUUACGUAAACAAACCAUGAAAGAGGAAAUGCAUUAUUAAUGUAUCAAAAGGAGUUUAGAAGAUGAAGAAAUAUCAGUCAACAUUCAUGAUCAGUUAUGAAAAAAAAAUUAUUUGCCAGUAUUAGUAUGCUGCUUUUGUCUCCAGCUUUUACAAUGAGCCAUAGCAAAGCUGCACUGCACUUCUGAGUAUGAGAAAAGCAUUACGAUUCAAGUUCCAUCAGUUUAAUUUGAAAGGCAUCCAAUGCAAUUUCAGGGCGGCAAGACAAAAAAUAGGAGGAAAUUCUGGUAAACCGUAUCAACAUUUCCUGUCAUUAUUCAAUACUUGAAGCAUUAGAAAUAGCCCAAAUACAGCUAUGUGAGAAGUCCCUUCAUUUUAUGGGCACCACCCAUAAAUAGCUAGAAACAGGCUAUUAUACAAUACAAACAACUGCCCCCUGAAAUUGCAUUGGAUGCCUUUAACUAUGAUAAUGUGCUGUACAUCACCAUAAUUUUUUCUAGAAGAGCAAAGCAUGUUCCUUUGUUGUGGACAAUGUUUCCUUCUUACAUUGUGUUAUUGUCUUCUGCCUUUGAACUUAUGGAGCUAUUGAAUUUCACCAUAUUGCUGCAAUUAAUUAAAUCUUUGGUGAUUGUCCUUAAAUUUUACUUUGUUGCAAUGGCCACUGAGAUGGCUUUUUAAUUGUUUUGUGAUGGAACAAGGGAGUUUAAUGGCCUUGAAUGUGAAUUGCUUUCUUGGAAGAAACAAUAUCAGUUACAAGGUUAUUGUGGUACCUACAGCGGCUUCUUUACAUGUGCAACUUUAUGUUGUUUUUGUUUCAACUCUAGGAUCUGAUUAUUUUUACCUUGAGAAAGUGUAAAACAAAGACGUGUGUAACUACAUGCUACCCUCUUCUGAUCUAACACCAGUAACGUUGUGAACUAUUGGGGUCUAGUUCACAGCAAAGUUACUACAAGGCAGAGUCCCUGUCCUGUAUUGUUUGAUGCCUCUGCUCUACACAGCUGCUCUAUUCAUGACGUUUUGGGGCGAAAAAUGUGCUCCAGAACUGAGACAAGUGCCAAGAAGCAGCGGUGCACAGCAGGGGGGUUAUGUAACAGUAGGGGGAGGGGGUCUGCCGAGGGUCAGGCAUGUAUGUCCAGGAAACAGAAGGUGUUGUGAAAUGUGAAUAAAUUUCUGUAUAUUGGUA